AUGGAAGGUAGAAUAAAAUGCAAACAUGUCCUCUCCUCAGAGCCACAACUCUCUCAGAGCUGUAAACUAUCUCGGCCCUGCUGUGCAGAUAGCAGGUCACUGCUGAGCUCCAAGGCCCCCCAGGUUAGUGGGGUGAGAGUUCAGCUGGAGAUGCAUGCCCUUUGGCAGCAGUUUGAUCGGCUUGGCACAGAGAUGAUAGUUACCAAAGCUGGAAGGAGGAUGUUUCCCACUUUCCAAGUUCAUAUUUCUGGGAUGGACCCUGCUUCUGAAUAUGUCUUGCUGAUGGACUUCAUCCUUGUUGAUGAUAAAAGAUACAGAUAUGCGUUCCAUAGCUCGUCCUGGCUAGUGGCAGGAAAAGCAGAUGCUGCAGCACCGAGCAGGAUGCAUUUUCACCCAGACUCACCUGCACGUGGAGCCCAGUGGAUGAAGCAGACAGUGUCCUUUGAUACUUUGAAGCUCACCAACAACCUGCUGGAUGACAAUGGACAUAUGAUUCUGAACUCAAUGCAUCGCUACCAGCCGCGCUUUCAUGUGGUCUAUGUGGAUCCAGGCCCCAAUAGCCACUUAAAUGCUCACAAGAACUUUUGCUCCUUCUCCUUCCCAGAGACCCGCUUCAUGGCUGUGACAGCGUAUCAGAAUCACAGAAUCACACAACUGAAAAUUGCCAGCAACCCCUUUGCCAAAGGCUUCAGAACUUCUGACACUCAAGAUUGGUGA